UCUGAGUUGAAGAGGAGCCCUAAUCUUCUGCACACCUGUUAUGGCUCUUCCAAGCUAUUAAUACAUCUCCUAGAUGGGGCUCAUGGAUUGAAAAGAGGAUCCACUGGGUGUCAGUGGGGAGGCUGUCAUGCAUUCAUUUUGGCUGAGAGGAUGCCCAGUGGUCCGUAAAAAUUAUUUACAAAAACUCAGCUAAUGAUCUCAGAGGCAGAAACUACAGUGAAAAGCGGACCUGUUUUGCAGAUGACAUAUGGUGCUGAAUUGGGACUUUGUUAUACUUGUAAUGGACGUAUCUGGAUUUGGGUGGAGAUGUCUCUCCAGCUUCAAAAUGAAGAAUCAAUGAUUUGGCGGAAGAAAAAAAAGUUAGCAAUUUCUGGAGGCUUCAGUGCCACGUCGUCUGAACUGAUGCACUGCAACUCAUAUCAGUUUUGACAUGUUGACAGCAGUCUAUUCCAGACAGUUCAUCCAACAAACUGACCCUAUUAACAACCAACAGAGGGUCUCCAUGCACACUUAAAAACUUCAAGUAGUUUUGCUUGCAGAUUGAUGUUUGAAUUUAGAGAGCAGUGCAGCAUUGGAUCCAUUGUGGAACCAGAAUCCGCCUGGGCGCCCAGCCUAUGGGACGGAGAAGCUCCAACCCAGCAACUACUCACUGGUGUUAAUUAUUCAGCUCAGCCUGCUCUCCUUGGACUUGUUUGUCAACUCAUUCAGCGAGCUCCUGAGAGAUGAACAAGCAGUCCAACUAGUUCUUUUUGUCAUUCAGGACAUUGCCAUCUUGUUCAACCUUAUCAUCAUUCUCUUGAUGCUGUUUAACACCUACGUGUUCCAGGUCGGUCUGGUAGCCAUAUUGUUGGAGAGAUUUAGAGCCUUGCUAAUGCUCUCUGCACUCUAUUUGACCUUCAGUGUAAUACUCCAUUCUUGGCUCACGAAUCUGCGAUGGCUAAAUACCAACCGAUUUAUUUGGACAGAUGGCCUUCAGGUGAUGUUUGUUUUCCAAAGAGUUGCAUCUGUGUUGUACUACUACUUCUACAAGAGGACCUCAGAGUAUUUGGGGGACCCUCGCCUCUAUGAGGAUUCACCAUGGCUGCGAGAGGUCUUUGCACAGACCAGGCAGUAACAACACCCCUUAUCCUCCACAAUAUUGUACAACAAAAUACUACACUUGAUUGUAAAGAAUACGUCAUCUUAAGAUUUUAAGUGAGCACAACUCAAAUUAUCAAGUUUUUGUUAGUAACUUGUUUUGAGUAGUUGCAACUCAUUUUAUGAAGUUACCGUAAACCUGAUCAAAUGAGUUUUGCUAAAUCAAAGUGACCAAAGUCUUAGUUUCCACCAUAAUUUUCAAAUCAAUUCUUUAAAAAUCAGACAGUGGGAAUUUCUGGAUUUUUCCCCCUCAUUUUAGCUCUCAUAGUUGGAAGUAUAACUAUGAUAGAAAUUACAGGCCUGUCGCAUCUUUUUAAGUGGGAGAACUUGCACAAUUGGUGGUGGACAAAAUACUUUUUUGCCCCACUGUAUAUUCCUGAAAGCUGCUGCAUUUUUUAAAUGAAUAAUACUGUUAAUACAUUGCUGGCAUAAUUUAUUUUUAUGUACUUAACCAUGAAAUAACAUUGCCACAUUACAUGGGAAUCAUAGUAGUGAUUUUUUUAUUUCCAUGUGCCAAAUUGUUUUUUAAGUCUUGAAAAAUGUUUGUUUGAAUAUCAUGUUAGGGCAAUUAAAAAGACUUGAAGUUUAUUGUAAUUAUUGUCAUUUUUACGCUGCAUAUUUUAAAAUCCUGCAUGUAUUACUAUUGUAUUGUAUACUUCAGACUGUGUACUUUACUGUGUGUUUGUAAUAUGAUAAUCAACAGUUUUACUUCAAUCGUGGCCACUUAUUUGAACACACAUUUGAGUUUGAACUGUUCUCGCUAAAGGUUUUCGCUCCAUAUUGAAUUGCUUUCCAGUAACCUAAAUUUCACAGUGCCUCUUGAAGUUGUUUGUGAAUGCACACUGUGAUGCAUUCCAAUAUACUAGCAAUUGCGAACACAACACUUCUUAACCAUUAUACCAUGACUAAAUCUGCUAUACUCAGCUCAUAAUUCAUAUACUGUAUAUCUGUGAGGAAGCAUUUGAGUGUUAUUGCCAACAGUCAACUAUUAUGCUUGAUUUUAUCGUAUUAGCUUAACAAAAGACAAUGUUUACACAUCGCCGAGUUGGUGAUGCUCUUGACCUCCAUUACUUGAUUGGCUAUACUCGUUUAUAGCAGUUCAAGUAUCCCUCUUUAUGUGACAUCCACUUGAAGUGUGUGGCCAUUAAAUGGGACCAGCUAUGACUAUUUGCAAUACAGAGUCCUGAUCAGAUACUAGGGGGAAAAAAGUCCUCAUGUUCCUACUCUUUUGUACUAUUUACUCUCUUCCACUUUUCCGGGAGUUUUACGAAGUACAAAACGUGUGUAUAUCAUAUACAGUAUAUGUACAUACAGUGAAAUAUGAACUAACAGAUUAUUCAGAUUAUUCCAUUUAGAUCAGUGGUACUGGUACAUAUUUUAAAGGGAACCACAGAUAGAUAGACUUGUAGUUCUUAGAAGAUAAAUGUUAGUAUGAGUUAUGAUAAUUUGAUAUUUAAAAAACCCUUUAAUGUUUUUGCUUUUAUAAGAUUUGUAAAAUUAGUUUAACUACUAGGUCGCCAUUGUUAUUGAUGACGCAAUGCACUCUGAGCGGUGACGAAAUUGGGUUGCGCUGCCAGGCUUCCAUAGUAUGACUCUAGCAACAUAAACAUGUCAUCUGUUCAGCCCUUUCAAUUUUAACCCGAGAGGAACAUUAAUGAGCAGGACAGCACUGUCGAUAUUUCACAAAAAGAGCAGCAAAAGCAAAAUGAACAUGAAAGACGGGAUGAGCCAAGAUGAGACUAGGAAAAAACCGGUAGUGUUCUUGUGACAAAUCCGUUUAGUGAUGUUGACCCCUAUACAGGACUCCAGUUUUUGUUUGCAGAUCUUCACGGUAAACUAUUGUGUGAUCAAACUUAUUCCAAUAUAAUUAUGGAGAUUGUUAGCAUCCAGAGCUGCCGUGUGCUUUCCAUAUGGCUAGGAUAUACAGUGAAACAGAGCAGUUUAUUUUUGCGGAUAGCCCCUGCAUUACAGCACACGAAAACGUUGAUGCCGUUUGCCUCAACUGAGACGUCUAAUAGGCUCCGACUCCGUGACAGACUGCUGCACCAACCAUCAUAUUUUUGUCACAUAAAAGCGUGGUCCAGAUUGAUGAUUGUCCUGCUGGAGCGCUCAAAUUUUGCGCCCUUAUCAGAUUUUGCUGACGAAGCUUUUGUGGAGGUGAAUAAGCACUCUUUUACAUUCAGUUGGACUCUCAUUAUCCAAAAGGUGCCAAAUAAACAAGUUGCAUCAUAAAAAUACAAACGCAACAUGAGUAUGCUGUAAAUAAAGGUAGCAAGAUAGGACCCCAAAACAGACAACAAUUACAAAGGGAUUGUGUACAAGGGUUUAUUGAACACACACACACAAAAAAAAACCACGGUCGCGAAAAGAGACAAAAAAAAAAAAGGGUCCGUCAGAGUAGAUUAUUGUAUUGAACACACACCAAAAAAAAAACACGAUUGCGAAAAGAGAGACAAAAAAAGGUCCGUGACAGUAGAUGGGAUCAAUAGAAAAAAAAAAGGGUACACCGUGGUGCUAGGCAGACAAACGAAAAAACCAAGGCAAGGAUGCAACUAGUAACGAAGGGAUCGAGAAUACAAACUGUCAAAUGGCAGCAAGUCAAUAUCUCGCCAACCCGCCUAGGAUCGGUUUAAAGACAUUGCUGAUGAGCUGGAAUUGGAUGCAGGUACAAUGUCGGGAACUCAUCCCACAACUCUGUUACAAAAAAAUAUGACCAGCAGCAGAAUGUGACAAAAUUAUGCCAGUUGCCAUGUGUAUUUUUGUGUACAGAGCACAAGUUUCCCAGUACAACCCAACCACGUCAUCACCCCAGCGAGCAUUGUGCACGUAAAACAUGGCGCCUUCCUAAGGCCAAAACAUGCACUAAAUAUGAUAGAAUUUUAAAACAAUGGCAAUAUUUUAUGUGUUUCUAAUAACAUAUUUCAGUAAAAGAGACCAAUUGCGGCUUAUUAGAGCCUAUAAGUCUUUAAGUCCAUGGUACUCUUUAAGAGAAAAACAGUUCACUACAGUAAAAGUAUUUUAGACACGUUACAAUAAUAGGCUCUGUGCUUGAGUUUUCUUCAAACAUUCAAACUACUGCGUCAAGAGUGUGGUUCAAAGCAUGAUGCCAGAGGACGGGUUUGGACUUGAUCCUGCAGCUCUUUUACCUCCUUGUGAAGUGAAAUGUUCUCCAGAUUGAACUGUAAAAUCGAGAAAACAUAAAGCUCACCAAGAAAAUAGUCAGAUGUGAGCUGUAAAAACUGAAAGAAAGGGCGGGGGGACACAAACACAUUUUUUCAGAAGAGAGAUAGCCAAGUCGAACUCACCCUGAUAGCAUAUUUGUAAAACAGCGUCGCCUCCUCUUGCCUGUCAAACUGAAAUUACAGCCUCAUAUGAGUACUGUGGCUGUGAAAAUGGAAUGUCUGCGGUUCAGGGGAUUAAUGGAACUACAAAAUGGCUCUCUGAUCUGAGGGUAAACCUGAGGUCUUUUGACUUGAACAAAUCAAAUCUCACAGAAAAACAAUAGCAGGAAUAGCAUCAUUUUCACUCACCCUGAGGCAUAUAAGCGCCAAGUAGGCCCAAACCUCGGCAUUCUGGUUGUUCAAAUGGUUGGCCUCUGUCAAAGCUUCUUCAGCUAAUGAAAGCUCCUCCAGCUAUACACUCAAACAUGAAGACGCAAUUAACUGAGUUUUUUUUUUCUGCACAAACAUCAAAGGAAAAUAUAUAUACUAGUAUAUAUAAUGAUUUCACUACAAACCCACCAUUAAAAUCCAGUCUGAUCAAGAAAGCAGAAAAUAUGUUACAACAGUUUUUCCAGUAAAAUGUAAUACUAGUAUGUGCUCUUUUUCCCAGUAUGAAAUCAGCUAUGUUUCAUCCUGUCCCUAGCCAAUUCACUUUGAAAUCAUAUCCCCAAUAUACAAACUGUGAAUUGUUACAAUGUCUGCGGAAAAAUACUAUAUUGUGUGUUUUUGCUUGUAUAACAAUGCACAUCACAUUUGACCUCAUGCAAACAUAGUGGCAAGUUUGGGCAUUAAAAAUCCAUUAUCAGACCGGAAAAAGCAAAUGCUAUAAAUGAGAGUCUUCAAUAUUUUCGCUGUAAAUUAGAGGAAACACGACAAAGGCCUAUGUUGUAAACCAUAAUUUACAACGUCUAUUAAUAUUAGUAACACUGUAGAUGACUUAUUACCCGGUAACAGGAGAUACCGAGGCCUAACCAGGUUAGGCAGGAGGGAGAUCUUUCACAAGCUAGCAGGUACGUCAUUUUAGCUUGCUCAAACUAAAGGGAACAGCAGAAAAAAACUGUCACUGAACAUUUGCAGUUGCAAAGGCAUGCUUCCAUCCAGCUGUAACACAUUCACACAGAAAAGAGUAAUGUCACGCAUAGAUUCCAGUCGGUGUAUAUUAUUUCUAACCUUUCCCUCCUGGAGA